AUGGCGAACCCGUGUGACUUUUACGAGCGCCGUCGUCGCCUGCAGGUGUUCGACCGGCUGCGGCAGGCGGGCGGCGGGUCGGCGCUGGAGAAGCUGCGCGCCGUGGCGGGCGACGCGCAGGCGCCGGGGCUGGCGCUCGGCGCCGCGGACGCGGCGGCGCUGCAGGCCGAGGUGAGCGUCGUCUUCCACUGCGCCGCCAGCGUCAGCUUCCGCCAGCCGCUGGCCGCCGCCCUGCUGCUCAACGUGCGCGGCACCAGGGAGGUCGCGCUGCUCGCCACGCGCAUGCGCCGCCUGCAGGCAUUUGUGCAUGUCUCAACAGCAUACAGUAACUGUGACCAUAAAGCACCACAAGAAAUUGUGUAUCCUGCCCGUGGCAACUACAUGAAACUAAUAGAACUUGCAGAGAAUAUGGAUCCUGAAAAUCUUGAGAAACUGACUCCAGAGUUGCUGGGAAAUCUACCCAACACAUAUGUUUACACAAAAUCACUUGCUGAAAACGUGAUAAAUGACUUUAGAGACUUGUUACCAGUGGCAAUACUUAGACCGUCAAUAGUUUGUCCUGCCUUGAAAGACCCCUUCCCAGGAUGGGUGGAUACCCAUAAUGGACCUAUGGGAUUAUUAAUUGGAGCUUCCUCGGGAAUCCUGCGGUCAUUGCGAGGUGACGGUAACAUGCAUACUGAUCUUCUGCCAGUGGACUUUGUUGCCAAUUCUCUGAUAGCAGCUGCAUGGGACACAGCUGUCAACAAGUGGUGUAAAAUGCCAGUAUACAACUGUACAACAAGUUCAGAUAUGCCAGUGACAUGGAAUGAACUUGUAAAGAUUGGACAAGAUCUGUACACACAGUUUCCCUCCCCAAAGAUGCUGUGGUACCCCAGUGGAGCCAUUCAUCGAAACUGUAUUGUGUACAUCAUAUGUCUUGUCCUGUUCCAGUUUCUACCAGCAAUCAUUGUUGAUGCGGCAUUUGUACUUUCUGGGAAGAAACCAUGGUUAUUUAAACUACAAAAGAAAAUAUAUGAAGCUGGAGAGAAUGUGAAAUAUUUCAUUCUUAAUGAGUGGUCAUUUCCAAACCAGAAUCUUAAAGACCUUCAGCACAGGCUAAAUAAACAUGACCAGCAGCAAUUUAGUUUUGAUGCAACAAGGAUUGACAUAUCUGAUUACAUAAAACUGUGGGUACUUGGUUAUAGGAGGUUCAUAUUAAACCUGGAUGAUGCCAGUAUCACAAAAGCAAAAUUGAAACUGAGAAGGCUGUAUAUAAUUCACUUAGUGGCAAAAAUUGCAUUUUGUUUAAUCCCUUCAUGGAUUGCAGUGCAUUUAUGCUUUAAAUUGAGAUGAUUUAAUAUGGCAGGACACCAGCACAUUUGUACAUAAAAAGGUAUUCAUCACAAUCACUGCACAUGCCAAAGCAAAUACUGCCUUCUAGUCUCUACUAUUCUCCACACUGAUGUAUUAUUAAAUAUGUACACAAAUACAUGGCAAAUUAGCUUUCGUGGAAGUCUGAAGAUUCAUCACUACUUUUUUACAAAUAUGGGUAAAUUUCAAAAUAAAUCAAAAUUUAUUUGGAAUAUUGCUUGGAAAACAGGCAUGUGAUAUUGAUUCUCAGAUCUAAAAUCAGAAAACAUAUGUACAGGAUUAUUUGUAUUUCUCACAAUGAUAAAAUAUUACACGUACAAAUUCUUAUACAAAAUGUUUAUAUCAAAAUAUAUAAUAUACAGCACUCUUAUUUGCCUCUUUUAUAAAAGAAUAUGCAAUAAAUAAAAUAAAUGUUACUAUUCAAAUAUUGUAAACAUUCAUUAUUAAAAUUGUGCACUGUACAGUAAACAUUUUCCUAUAAUGAUGUAAGAGACCUCAGUCAAUAUAACAUUAUUAAAAUACUCCAGCCAUACAGUGCAUAUAAAGUACU